CUUUUUUUUCCUGAAGAAAAUAUACCACUGUCAUGCUGGGCUGCUGGGUGAAUCCCAGGGUCGCUGGCUGUACCAUUUGUGUGCCGGAUGAGGGGAUCUAGCGGCGGAGCAGGAGUCGUGCGCCGGAGAGAAACUUCCUGUGCCAAGCGCAGAGGCGUUCUCCAAGAAAUGGCUCUCACGGUCCGUGAGGUGCCACAUUUUUCCCUCCUACUUCUAUCAGUGCUGAGCUGCUGGCUGCUCAUGCCGGCAACCGCACUGGAAAUGAUUGAUGACCCACCUGAACUCAUCUGCAGCGAGAGUUUGACUGACUGCCAAGUGAGCAAAGCCUCUCAGUACGAUGAUGCCCUGCCUUCUCCAAAUGUGACACGUGUGGAGCUUAAAGUUAUUCUGUGCUGUUCAGCCAGACAAGACUGUGAACCUUGCCUGAGAAUCAUCAUCACAAUCAAAGAAGUGGAUUAUGCAAAUUACGUUUCUGAGGAGUCUGGUGACCGCAAUGAUGAUGAUUCAGUGGCAGAAGGAAGUGGUCAGUUUGUGCUUCCUGAGCCCAGAGUCAAAGUGUGUCUCAGCUCCCCGGGCUCCGUAGAUUAUUGCAAGACACUCCAGUUUAAACCAAGCUACUCUUCAGAUUCCACACAUGAGCUGCUGUUGACAGAGAAAGUGAUGUUUGGCAGUCCUGUUGUAGUCCACGUCUACUCACAUGAUCACCAAAAUAUCACAAUCCCUUCUUUAGAAGACGUAUGCUCCAUGAAACGUAAAUGGACUGUUAAGGCAUGUGAUGCUCCCAGACUUCGGGCUGAGACUGAUGAGCAGAGAAACGUGGUCCUGCAACUGGAAAACACUGAUAACAGACAAGAGGAGCUGAUGUGCCAGAUGUUUUGGAAUGAAAUGCCUGGAGAAGUCCUUGCAUGGCCCAAAGGCGAGGGAAAAAUGGUCAUCUCGUCAAACUUUGUUGCACCAUGUCUGUGCUUUCAGGUAUGGCAGAAGGGGAAGUCACUUCGAAGCGAAUUCUGCCCUUUCAAAAACCAACAAGAUGCACUGGAAAGAAUGCAGCGCAAUGUGUCUGUGUCUGUGGUUGAGUUCCCGUUGUUGGAGGGUGGCACAGGGCUGAGCUGGAAUGUGACUGCCCCCUGCAGACUGGAGGCAGAGGUGUGGCUAUGCAAGAAAGACGUGGCCGGAGGCCAGUGUGAGGAGGUUACCGGCUCCAGACAGAGCCUGCACAACAAUGUGGAUGCAGGCUGGAUUGCAACACGCAAUGGACACUGGAAAAUUGGAGAGUUCAAUGUGUCAUCACACCCUCUGCUUUGUGUCCAGAUGAAGAUAAAGGGGAUGAAAUCAUCCCUGGAACCCCAGUGUCCAUUUGAAACCUCUCGAUGGAGAUGGAGCCUGCCACUCUUCAUCGGAUUACUGCUGAUGUUUCUGGCCAUUCUUGGAGCCUAUUUUGUUCAAGGGGUUUUAAAAGGUUACGUGUGGAGAUGGCUGAAAGAAGAUGAUGUUAAAGGUGCUGUGGGUGGUUGUCAUGUGGUGUUGCUGUACCCGCCUGAUGAUGACCCAGCUUUGCCAGGGCUCAUAUGCCACCUGGGCUCAUCCCUGCAGGCUCUGGGCUUCAGUGUGUCUCUGGACCUAUGGAGCCAGGCUGAGCUCAGCGCACUGGGCCCUGUGCCUUGGCUCCACUCAAGACUGGACCAACUGCAAAGGCAGGGGGGCAAAGUAGUGCUAGUCCUAACCCAGGCUGCCUGGAUAAGGGCUGAAGAAUGGGGAGCUGGCAGCUGGGAAAGAAACACACACAGGGAGAAAAACAGAGAAAUGGAGGAAGAGGAGGCAGGAAGAAGCAACACUGCAUCUUCUCCUUGUGUAGAUGUUUUUAGUGCUUCGUUGAGCUGCAUUCUAGCAGACUAUUUACAGGGCCGCGCUGGUGAGCGGUUUUUGUUGGUGCAGUUUGAAUCACUUCCACCUGAGCCUCCAGGUGGCUGCCGGCCGCUGCCAGAACUUUUCCGCGGCCUUCAUGUCUACAGCCUGCCUUCCCAGAGUCUGGGUUUUCUGACUGAACUGGCUGGGGCUCGACAAAUGGCUACUGCAUCAGCUAGACGGAAGAAGGCAGGGGGGCUCAGGAUGGCAUCCCGAGCUCUGGCACAAGGGCUGUCAGGGUUCACAGCAGGGACAACUGUGUUACGCCUUGCAGGGAUGUCCCAGACUUGUGUUGGGGUAGGAGUUGAAGACUCUGGGGAGACAAUGCCCUUGCAACCAUUUCUUAUUACGCCACCCUCCAGCCCUGAUACAAGCUCCAAGGUCAGUGAAAUGGAGUGGGUCUGACAGCAGGAGAGGAUAACAGACGACGAAGCUUUAAUUUUGGGAUGCCGUCAUGAGCUUCAACCUGAAAUGAUACUCAAGAUGCUCAGAUAAAUCAGUUUGCAGGUUUUUGCAAUUGCUCAUCUGGGGUCUAGUAGCUGUUGAAGUGUUUUAGAAGGUGAAGUGUUUUAUUUUUCUGGCAGCGUUAACAGUAGUGUGUUAUAGCUUGAACAGCAACAGCCAGCAUGGCUCCAGAGAAAUAAAAGCACCCAACAUUAAAACCUCACACUACUUCAAAAAAGAAAAUUCAAGGAAAUAGAUGACGUCAGUGGUGGGUACACAAAGUGUGAACAUUUCAAAAACAGCAUGGCUUAAUAUGCUACUGACAUUACACUAAAAUGCAAUAAUAGAAUCUUAAUGAAGUGAAUCGCUCCAUUGUGCUGGUCCUGACACUACAUUAUUUAUGAAAGCUACUUUUCAGUUUCAAACCAAGCCAUUGUGUGUGUACUUUAUAUAUUCAAGUAUUUGCACUACUACACAGAAAAAAAAACAAGACAAAAAUAAACUCUUUACUUUUGUGAUAUGUACAACUACAUGAGUAUAUUUGCCCAGUCAUGGAUAGUGAGUCUGUUUUAUACUGUAUUUUGUCUUUAAAGUGGGAUUGAAUAAAGAAUGUGUCAUGAUUUGCUCAUCUGACUGUAAAACGUGUUUCUUACUGUAUGCAUUAGAGGAUGCAUGUUUGCUUAGCAACGUUUUUACCAAUAAAUAUCAC